AUGAAAAACCUUAACAUCAUAACGAACAAGAUAGUUGAGGAGAGGGUGAAGGAAUACUGCAGGAAGAUCGAGGAACAGAAAUUAAAAAAUGUAAAACCAACCAUACAAUUUGACAGAACCAAAAUAAGCAUAAACAACCGCAAGAAGUUGUACCUGGCUAAAUUGAGAAAUGAAGAGAUCGAGAGAAAUAAUAAUAUAUUAAAGAAAAAGUUAGAGGGUAUUAACAAACGAGAAAAGAAAGUCGCAGAACAGAUAAAGAAAACAUUUACACAACAACAAGUCAAUGCAAACAAGAAAAACUUCUUGUUCGAUAAUAUUAAGAAAGCAAAAAUUAGAAAAGAAAAAAAAAAUGUCAAUCAUGUAAAUGUGAAUUCUACAACAAAUGAGAAAGCUUCCGCUCCAAAAGUAAAAAUCCUAUAUAAAGGAUAUAUGGAUGAUAGUCAAAAAAGUUGUAAAUUCUACACAGAACUGAAAGUUGAUGACGAAGGAAAUUUAAGUGUCCUCACCUUAAAUCUAAAAAAUAAACGGAUAAAAAAAUUCUCUUGUAAUAAGGAAAAGCAUUACGAAUUAUUAAAUGAUUUAGGAACUUAUGAAGAAAUUGCAAAAAAAAUAUCUCAUCAGGAAGAAGAAGCGGAUAUAGAGAAAGCAAAGAGAUUAAGAAAAAAUAGAAAACAAGCCACAAAUAAGAUUAACUGUCGUGAUGUUAACGGGUGUGGUAUUCCAAAGUUGAAUGUUAAUGAAAAUGAAUCUAAUGGGAAACCGAUAAGAAUCAAACAUCGGGUAAUGUUGGAGAAUGUGGAAAAGACUUGUGACUUUUACAUAAAAAAAUACUUCAAUGAUCAAGUGGAAGAUGUAAAUGCAACAUUGUACGCAAAGAACAAUGAAGAGAAUUCAAACAUAAAUAAUAAUAAUAAAAACAAUUUUAAUUUUAAAAAAGGAAAGAAUUCUUUUCUUUUAAUUAAAAACGAUUUGUUAUACAAGUCCAAAAUUAACCAAGCUCAGGCACUCUUGAUUUUUAAAAAAAUAAAAGAAAAACUUAAAAGAAAUAACAACAAUAUGAACUAUACCUUGAAAACGGAGGAAGCAGUUCGCGCAGGAAAACAUACAGACAAAGGAACCAACUCAAAGAACUUAAUUGCAAGUCCCAACCAUGUUGCUAUUACUGGACAAGGCGACGAUAAAAAGAUUCAUUCCAGUUCCAAGCUCGAAAGUAGACAUGAACAAAUGGUGAUGCAGGAACCUGCUACGAUGCAGAAGAGCGAAAAGCCAUACGAAAUGACAGUAGAUGCAGCUUCCAGAAAAAUAGAAGCAAUCGAAUCUGCAGAAAACGAAAAAGAUACAUGUCUCCCUUUCGAAAAAAGUUUCACUAAGGAUUUACGCAAAUGGAGAGUUACACUAAAUGAGCACGCACCGAGCGAAGUGAAAGAACACAAAGAAGCAGAUGCAGUUGUAGAAGUGAAGAACGAAGCAGAUGCAGGUGUAGAAGUUAAGAACGAAGCAGAUGCAGGUGUAGAAGUGAAGAACGAAGCAGAUGCAGGUGUAGAAGUUAAGAACGAAGCAGAUGCAGGUGUAGAAGUUAAGAACGAAGCAAAUGCAGAUGCAGAAGUGGACGUGCAGAAAGAAACUGAUGCAGAUGUAGAAGUGGACGAGAAGAAAGAAGCAAAUGCAGAUGAAGAAGUGGAAGUGCAGAAAGAAGCAAAUGAAGAUGUAGAAGUGGACGUGCAGAAAGAAACUGAUGCAGAUGUAGAAGUGGACGAGAAGAAAGAAGCAAAUGCAGAUGAAGAAGUGGACGUGCAGAAAGAAGCAAAUGCAGAUGUAGAAGUGGACGUGCAGAAAGAAACUGAUGCAGAUGUAGAAGUGGACGAGAAGAAAGAAGCAAAUGCAGAUGAAGAAGUGGAAGUUCAGAAAGAAGCAAAUGAAGAUGUAGAAGUGGACGAGAAGAAAGAAGUAAAUGUAGAAGUAGAAGUGAAGAACGAAGCAGAUGCAGUUGUCGAUGAAGCUGUAGAGGCGGGCGGUCUCAAAGCAGAGAAUCACCACGCCGAGGAAGGAUCAGACACGAACUUGCCAAAUGAGCAGGCAAAUAACCAAGGUACGUUGAAUGAAAACUGUGGAGAGGGAUGA